AUGGCCAUCACGAUCCUCCAACCAAAACCCGCUGUCCCUCGCAGCCGGUCAGAAGAUGCCGGCUCCGGCUCAGACUCAGAAGGCGGGAUUGAUCUGGACGGCGACGUCUCCAUGGACGCUGGGGCGGCCCGCUACGCCGACAUCGAUCUCGUAACCCCCGGCGAACUCAUCACCGAUGAUGCUCAAUGGAUGAGAGGACACGGCACAUACGUUCCCGUCGGGACCACAAACAUCACAUCGUCCGUCGCCGGUACCGUCACCAAGACGAACAAGCUCAUCUCCGUACGGCCCCUACGCGCCCGCUACACCCCAGAGAUCGGCGACCUCGUCGUCGGCCGCGUCACCGAGGUCCAGGCCCGCCGUUGGCGCGUAGACGUGGCCUCCUCCCAGCUCGCCAUCCUGCAGCUCAGCGCCAUCAACCUGCCCGGCGGCAUCCAGCGCAAGCGCACCGAGACCGACGAGCUGCAGAUCCGUUCCUUCUUCGCCGAGGGCGACCUCGUCGUCGCCGAGGUCCAGACCCUGCACGGGGACGGCGCCGCCGCCCUGCACACCCGCUCUUUGCGCUACGGCAAGCUACGCAACGGCAUUUUCUCAGCCUCACCGGCGUAG